CAGCACAUCUGUCUGUCCCAUCAGCCUUAAUAGAAACCAGCCCGUCCGACACCCGCCCUACGUUGCCGCAAACAAAAACAUUUUGUCACAUGAUUGUACGGAAGUCCGAGCGACAUAAAACAGACAAACAAGAUGGCAUCACACCCGGGAGGAGGCGAUAAAGGAAAUGGAAAAGAUCAGAUACUGGAAGUAGGAGCUGUUUUGUUAAAAGAUUUCAUUUACGAGCGGGUGCGGCGACAUGGAGACAGCAAUACUGAAGUGACCAGGGCACAGCUGGGUGGAGGAGAGCUGUGUGACCCGAACCAGAAGAAGCUUGCCCAGUGUCUGCAGCAGAUUGGAGAUGAGCUGGAUGGCAAUGUUGAGCUCCAAAGAAUGUUAAACGACUCUGCGCUCAGUCCCUCAAAAGAAGUGUUUCUGAAAGUUGCCGUUGAGAUCUUUUCAGAUGGAAAGUUCAACUGGGGCAGGGUGGUGGCACUGUUCUAUUUUGCCUGUCGACUCGUCAUCAAAGCUCUUGUGACUCAAGUUCCUGAUAUUAUCAGAACAAUUAUCAGCUGGACCAUGGACUACCUCCGGGAACAUGUGAUCAACUGGAUAAGAGAUCAAGGUGGCUGGGAGGGUAUUCGUUCCUACUUUGGCACACCCACAUGGCAGACGGUGGGAGUUUUCUUGGCUGGAGUUCUCACCACUGUUCUCGUCAUUCGCAAGAUGUGACGGGUUCGUGAAGAGCAGAUGGGUGAAAGAUGAGAGGAACUACUUCUGUGACAAAUGGGGACUGGAACAAGAAAAAAAAGAAAGGAAAAAAACAACUUUUAAAGAGGAGAAAGAAGUUAUGGCAGAGUGAACAAGUUGAGCAGGAAGAACUUGUAUUUGAACACGAAGGGCCACUCUUUGUUUAUGCUUCUUUUUAAUUUCAAAGCAUUGGGAGUGCGACUGAACACGUGAUGUACCCAUGAUCCCUAUGCCACUGAGGAAGCGAGCGGUGCUUGAUUAAAUGUACAAAAAAAAGGUGGUGGAGAGUGUGUCAGACUUGAACAGGGAAUGCAUUUUAAGUAAUUUAUUUUUUACUUGGUAUAUAUAAAAAGAGUCACUGCAUUCUGUUAUCUGUCCUAAAAGAUAUAUGGACUGACUUUUUAGAUUAAGUUUAAAGUUUUCUUUCUGCAUCAUUUUCUUUGGGGUUUUUUUUUCUUUUUUCUUCUCUCUCCAUCCAUCUCGUCAUGGUGUCUGCGUGCUACAGAACCCAUCUUCAUAUGUAUUUGUGAGUGUUUACUGGUGUCAAUCUGUAAAUCAAUCUGCUGGCAAUGAACGUGUUCGAGGGUGGUCACAGAUAUUUUUUGCAAACAAUCAGUAGAUUUAACAAGAAGAUGAUAUAAGUGAAGAGGAAUUAGACCUCUGAUAAUAUUUGGGCUCAAACAAUCCCAUAUAAUUUCUCCUCUUGAUUGCAGACCUCAGCCUUGUUUAAGUGGAUUAUCAAAGUGCCACAGCUGGGACUUGUGUACAAAGUUAUGUUUACAUUCAACAUGAAUCACCACAUGGUUUAAAAGUCGCAUAAUUUCAGCAACUCGAUCUGAAUGCUCGUCUUCUGUAACGUUCAAUCAUAUGCUGCCUGUGGGCAUUUUGACCAGCAUUGUGACCUUAAUGUGGCUCCCACGUGAAAAACAUUUAAACUGAUUAUUUUUGUCUGUGUUGUGGAUGGAGCCACAUGUCAUGGAGCCACAUGUCAUGGACUGCCAUUUCCUGUGGUCUAUGGAAGAUAUUGCACUGCAGACGCAGAAAGCGCUGGAUUGCUCACAGAUGCUUACCUCACUUCACACAUGUACUGUAUUUUUAUGUGAGUAAUUCAGACUGCAAUCUUAUUAACACGACAAAUAGCUUUUUAUACAUUUUCCUUGUUUGUCAGUGCCUUGGUGUUUUUUUUACUAUGAAAUCACUUUGAUAUUCACAAAUUUUCACCUUUUUCUAACACGUUUGUAAAGCUAAAAAAUAGUUUCAAGUCUCCCUGAAAAUCUUUUUGCAGUGACUUUGUAUGUUGAAAAUAAAUCUUUUAACCCUUA